GAGUCUUUUGAGCGACGAGCACUUCCGACAUCUCCCGGGCCCCUGGUGCGGUCGUCCUGUUAAAGCCAGCCUCUCGAGUCGCGUGCACCGGCCUGGUCACUCGUAGCGUCGCGAACCUCGGUUUCCCGGUCUCAUGGCCGGCCUGACCUUGUUUGUGCGCAAUCUGCCGCCUUCCGCCCGUAGUGAGCAGCUGGAAGAGCUGUUCAGUCAGGUGGGGCCGGUGAAACAGUGCUUCGUGGUGACUGAGAAAGGGAGUAAGGCAUGUCGAGGCUUUGGCUAUGUCACUUUCUCCAUGCUGGAAGAUGUUCAGAGGGCCCUCAAGGAGAUCACCACCUUUGAAGGUUCCAAGAUCAACAUUACUGUUGCCAAGAAAAAACUGAGGAACAAUUCCAAGGAAAAGAGGAAAAAUGAAAAUUCAGAGUCUCCAAAGAAGGAGCUGAAGACUAAGAAGGCCAAAGUGGCAGAUAAAAAAGCCAGAUUAAUUAUUCGGAACCUGAGCUUUAAAUGUUCAGAAGAUGACUUGAAAACAGUAUUUUCUCAGUUUGGAGCUGUCCUUGAAGUAAACAUUCCAAGGAAGCCAGAUGGAAAGAUGCGUGGUUUUGCUUUUGUUCAGUUCAAAAAUCUCCUAGAAGCAGGAAAAGCUCUCAAAGGCAUGAACAUGAAAGACAUAAAAGGGAGAACAGUGGCAGUGGAUUGGGCUGUGGCAAAGGAUAAAUAUAAAAAUACACAGUCUGUUUCUGCCCCAGGUGAGGAGAAGUGCUUUGAACUUAAGCAUCAGGGGUCAGUUAAAAAGAAUGGCAGAGCAGAAGAGAAAGAAGAUAAUGAUGGAGAUGUUGAUGUUGGGGUUGAUAGUGAUGAUGGUGAUAGUGAUGAGGAUGAAGAGAAGGAGGAGAAUAAAGAAUCAAAGGUGACCAAACAUGUGCAUGUUCAGAAGAGAGCAGUCAAGAGAGCAUUCCCUGUAGAAAGCAGCGAUGAAGAUGAUUCACAUGAGGACACUGACCUGGAGGAAAGAGGUAGCAUUGAUAGUGAGGAGGAACUGGUACCAAGUGACAGCAGUGCUGAAGAACAAGAGGAUAAAGAUGUGCGAAUCUCAAAGAAAAAGAAGAAAUUACCCUCUGAUGUGAGUGAAGGGAAAACUGUUUUUAUCAGAAACCUGUCCUUUGACUCAGAGGAAGAGGAAGUUGGGGAGCUCCUCCAGCAGUUUGGAGCCCUUAAAUAUGUCCGCAUUGUCUUGCAUCCAGACACAGAACAUUCUAAAGGUUGUGCUUUUGCCCAGUUCAUGACUCAAGAAGCCACUCAGAAAUGCCUCGCAGCUGCUUCUCCAGAGACUGAGGGUGGUGGGCUUAAACUGAAUGGCCGGCAGCUGAAGGUUGACUUGGCCGUUACCCGUGACGAGGCUGCAAAACUUCAGACAAAGAAAGUGAAGAAGCCUACUGGAACCCGGAACCUCUAUUUGGCCCGAGAAGGCUUGAUCCGUGCUGGGACGAAGGCUGCUGAGGGUGUGAGUGCUGCUGAUAUGGCCAAACGAGAACGGUUUGAGCUACUGAAGCAUCAGAAACUUAAGGACCAGAAUAUCUUUGUCUCGCAGACCAGGCUCUGCCUGCACAAUCUUCCAAAGGCUGUGGAUGACAAACAGCUUAGAAAGCUGCUGCUGAAUGCCACUAGAGGGGAGAAGGGGGUACACAUCAAGGAGUGUAGGGUAAUGCGAGACCUUAAAGGAGUUCAUGGGAACAUGAAGGGCCAGUCCCUCGGCUAUGCUUUUGCUGAGUUCCAGGAGCAUGAGCAUGCCCUGAGAGCCCUCCGCCACAUCAACAACAACCCAGAAGUCUUUGGGCCUCACAAGAGACCAAUAGUGGAAUUCUCUUUGGAAGAUCGAAGGAAACUUAAAAUGAAGGAACUGAGGAUCCAGCGUAGCCUGCAAAAAAUGAAAUCGAAGGCUGCAACUGGUGAGCCUCAAAAGCAGAAGAAAGAGCCUGUAAAAGAGAAGCAACAGAAGGCAGCUCAAAACCACACACAGGAUCAAAGCAAGGGGCCCCCAAGGCAGAAGGGGAAGAUGGGCUCCACCUCAUGGACAGGGUUCCAAACCAAGGCUGAAGUAGAGCAGGUGGAAUUGCCUGAUGGAAAGAAGAGAAGAAAGGUCCUGGCGCUCCCCUCUCAUCGAGGCCCCAAAAUUAGGUUGCGAGACAAAGGCAAAGUGAAGUCCCUCCCUCCCAAGGAGCCAAAGCCCCAGAUAAAGCAGUGGAAGCAAGAGAAACAGCAGCAGUCGUCCAAGCAGGUUCCAAGGAAAAAAGCUAAGGGAAAUAAGAUAGAAGCUCACUUCAACCAGCUGGUCGAACGAUAUAAGCAGAAACUGUUGGGACCUUCUAAAGGUGCACCCCUUGCAAAGAGGAGCAAAUGGUUUGAUAGUUGAUGCAGCUGGCAGCCUGGUUAAGAAACUUUCGGGUGAAGCUCAGAACCCCGGUCUACCUCUGUAUCUGUCACUGAGGGAAAGAAGAUCCCUGAGGAUCUCUCUGUUGGGAGACUUCUUGGGCUGUGCACUUCUGAACUUUGAUCCCCCUCUGAUGUGUCCUUAGUCACAAAUACCCCCAAAAAGUCAUGAUGUUUCUUGCAUAUUAUCCAUAUUAUUGUCUGAAGUUGUAUGUAUGAUUAUUACUCAUUUUUUUAUUCUCUGAUUCUCAAAUGAAAACAAUUGUAAAACAUUCUGGAGUACUGAAUUUUUAAGAUGUAUAUUUUGUUAGGCAUCCUCUAAAUGAGAUACUGUGUGGCUUUUUGAAUAACAGGACUGGGUUUUAUUUCUAAUAUA